AUGCCUCUUCGAGAGCGGGUGCGAAAAGCGCUCGGGCGCCCUUCAUCAGACUCGGAGAAUGGCUCGACCAGUGGCAGCACUUCUUUCUUAAAGAAAAUCACCUCUCGAUCAGAGAAGGAAGAGCCAAUGCCUCGUCCGAAAUAUGUCUCCCCAUAUAAUAAAGAGCAUCAUGACAAGCUUCGAGCCUUUACCUUUGCCGGCGCCUUCAAUCGCCGCAUGAGUGACCAAGGCCAAUACAGCCCAUUUGGCUCACGUGUACCCAGCCCUCGCCCAAGUCCUCGUCCAAGCCCUCGUCCGAGCUUCCAAGCCGGGAGGAGAUCUUUGGUUAUGUCACGACGAAGUAAUUCCGAGCAGGUGGCCGAGGAGAGCCAGAACAAAGAACAACCCAAAGAUCAGCCAUCCGCUCCGGCAGAGGUAGCCAAAAAAGGCCCCAUUGGCCUCCCUCAAACAGCUGUUAACGGAGCAAGCGUCUCCAAACAUCCAGAGACCAACCCAGCGAAACCUGUCAGCGAAGCCAAUGACCAGCAAGCGUUUUCAGGCGACCAGUUAAACACCGCUCUCAAGAAUACUAAUAUGGUUGCCUCGGGAGCGACAGGAGCCAACCUUUAA